AGCGCCGCCGCAACGUGAGGAGCAUUCCAUGUGUGGUGUGUAGUGAGUGCAUGCAUGAUUUUUGCUAUUGGGCCAGUUGCGUCAGAUACGCGAGAACAGCGAACGAGACAACAACGCGCGUACGGACUAAAAUAAAAUUUAUAAGAGACGGCAAUAGCAGCAGCGCCAGCAAAAGUUUUCAGUUUUUAAAAAUUUUUAUUAUAAGAAAAGUGUUUAAAACUGAAAAAAAAAAAAUAAAAAAAAUGUGAUCGCAAAAAAAAAAAUAUAUUUUAUUAUUAUAAAAUUAGAAAAGAAAUAAAAAAAGGACUCUCUAACACUGUAACGAGCCGAGAAGGUUUACGAGCGCAGGUGCGGGCGUUUGUUUAUGUGAUCGCGUAAUAAUUCGCGAAGUUUUACGCAUUUUGCCGGUUGGCGUUUUCUUCAGAUUUUCGGAUUUUCGGAUAUUCGGUUGCCGGAGGCCAAAUAGUUUAGGCAUUCCUGGCAUUAAGCGAACGCGUAGUACAAAGUCACGUCACGCCGACAAAUAGUGGCGCGCGUUCAUUCGAAUUCUCAAGAAAUUUUCGCAUGCGACCUUAGAACUUAAAACAAAGAAAGAAAAAAAAUCAAAAUAAAAUUGACCAUCAAAAUAAAAAAAAAAAUUUAUGCGUUCGCAGGCAGACGGUACGGUACGGUGGAAAUUCUGUUUAAUGUUUCUACUAGAAGUUAUAGUGUAGCACAAUAAACCAUCAAGAAUGACAUGUGAAUUUAUGGAAAAUGUAUUGAACUUAACCUUCUGCAUAUGCUUCUGGUUGUGGUUCUAAUCCUGGUACAGCAAACACAGGCUCACAAAUCACUUUUUCUGAAGAAUUUCAAAUAACAUCAGAACAAGAAAAUAAACCCCAGUCAAAUCAUGUACUCAUAUAGUAAAAUCAAGUGAAAAUAACCGAAGUAUGUGCUCUUGUGUGUGAGAAAAAAGCGGAAAAAUAAAAAUGAAAGGUGUGAAAAUCAUAAAAAAACAUGGACCAAUAAAUGCCGUGGAACAUUAUAAAAGCAAAAGUGUUAAAGUCAAAUUUGCUUUGAGAGCUAUAUAAGCGAUUCCUUUAACCCACCACCAACGAAGUAUUUGCACUAGAUUGAAACAAUUAAACUCUACAAAUCAAAAAGUAAAUAAUUUUUCAAAAACAAAACAAAAAAAAAGAAAUCUCAUCCUAAGCCGAAAAUUUUUUAAAUUGUCCAGCAAGCAAACAAUUUGAAUAUCCGCCAAAGACUCAAUAGUUGCAGCAACCGUAAUGGCAGACAUGAGAUCUAAUUUUAAUCCAAUCCUGCUCACUUUUCUGUGCGCCACAUUUUGGUACUCAGCCAACGUCGAAGCUAGCAUCGACCCAAACGACCAAAGUCUGACAUUCUUUCUCAAAGCAGCAACAAAUUCAAAUGGAUACAAAGCAUCAACAGCAGUGACGUCGUCAGUUUCAGCUGCAGCUCCAGCGUCAGAUUCAGUCCCAGUAUCGGAGUCAUCUAUGCUUGCAGCUGUCCAUCAACAUGGAAAAUUGAAACGUAUUGAGAAAUCAUUUGGGGACACUGACAAUUUGUCCGCUAACAAUGCAAAUCAAUCAAAACAACAUUUUACCAGUAUUCACCACGAAAAUAUCCAUCGAGGCGAGCACCACAAUGCUGCAGAAAGAGGAAGGGAGAAUGCAAUUAUCAGUGAAGUCAACAGUUAUCCAGCUAACAACAUACAGCAGCCGCAGCAGCAGCAGCAGCCGCAGCAGCAGCAACAGCAAUUUAAUGAAAAGCAUUCACUACAUAAACAACAAAAAAAAAGUCAUACAAAAGAACAUACAACAAAUCACCAAAUGCACAAGCUUCACAGCAAUCAGAAAUAUCAUCAGCAAAAACAUUCACAGCAACAGCAACAGCAUCAGCUACAGCUACAACAACACAAACACAAACAGAAACACAAGCAACAACGUUCGCAGCAUGCAAAACGAUUGACAAAAUUAUCAUCAUUUCAAAAUAUUAACAAAAUAAAUAAUUUAAAUGAGUAUCGACAACUAAAUAUGCUGCAAGAAGAUCAGCAACAUCUACAAUAUAGGCAGCAGCAGCAACAAGCAAAACAACAAGAACAAGAACAACAUCACUAUCAAUACAAGAGCGAGCACGAGAAAAAUUUGCGUUUGGAAAAUUUGCGGCUGAAGGAAUAUUUGCAGGUAACAACGACGAAACCCGUUUCAGGUUACAAUACGCCGCAAGAGUAUUUUAAAAACGCACAACAUCCCCAGCACCAACAGCAUUUGCUAAAUUAUCGCCAACACAAUAACCAAGAACAGCAACAGCAACAACAACAACAACAGCAGCAGCAGCAGCAGCAGCGACAAUAUCAGCAAAAACAUCAACAACAACACCAACAACAACACCAACAACAACACCAACAACAACAACGACAACAACAAUACCAACAGCGACAAUAUCAACCUCAUCAGCAACAAGAACAACAACAACAACAACAGCCAACGCACAAUAAUUACAAUCAAACAUCACUGUCCAAAUUAAGUGCUACGAAAAACUCUACUGUCAACACGAUAUUAAUAACGACAACAAAAGAACAACUACAACAACAACAAAAGCAACAAAAGCAAUAUGCACAUCAUCAUCAACAGCAUCAGUACCAGUACCAGUACCAGUACCAGAACCAGCAGCAACAACAGCAACAACAGCAAGAACAACUGCAAUUGCUGCAACCGCUAUCGUUCACGCAUAGCAAUGCAUCAUCAACGAUACACGCCCACAAUCAAUCAAAUGUUAUGCACUCAUCGAUUAAAGUAUCAAAGUCCAUUCCAGAUGUGAUCCCUCCAAUUUUUGCACAGCACAAUUUCAAGGCAACCAACCAGCCUAGCAACAUUAAGUCUAGCAAUGUUGGAGUUGGUGCUGCAACAACAACACCAGCACCAGCACCAACACCAACAACAACAGCAGCUGCAGCAACAAAAACAACAAAAACGCAUAUUACUACUAAUACAGCCGGAAAGAGUCAACAUAAUGAGAAUUUCUAUUAUAGCGACAUGGAAGGUGAUGAAGAUGACGAUGACGAUGAAGAUGAAGACGAGGAUGAUGAUGUGAAUGGUAAUGGUAAUGGUAAUGGUAAUGGUAAUAGUAAUGGAGUUGGUGUUGGCGAUCUAGAUAGUGUUGAAAAUAGCAACGAGGAUGAAGAUGAAAAUUAUGAAAACGAUAACGAUAGCCGCAGUAGUGAUGACCGUUACCAUUACGAAGAGGAUGAGGAUGAAGAAGAGGAGUUAAACAGUAGAAAAGAACAGCAAUUAGAAGGCGGCAAUCAUAAUCAUAUAAAAAGUUUGGCACACCAUUACAAUCAGAAUCUGGAGGAUUAUCCAAAUGAUGAGCCUUCUCGUAACUCAUUAGAGCAGGGAAGCUCUCAUGGUGCAUUAACUGAACAAAAAUUUAAGGAACUCGGUACACCGGAAGCUGUGCAGUCCUCCCACGACCAUUACUUACAGGAACAAAAACAACUACGACAAAAAUCACCAACAGAACUGGCAAGGGAACACAUGAUUCGUAUGAAAACUGCUGCAAAAUGUAGUAAACCAAUGCCACGGGUAAUUCAUGUUUCCAAUGAGACUUCAAAAUUUUAUGUGCCAGUUUGUACCAUUCUGCAUCGUUGCGGUGAAGACACCGGUUGCUGUGAUUCAACACGACAAGUGUGUGCUGCCAAGACCCACGAGGAUGUGCCAGUGUAUUUUUUUGUAAUUAAGGUUGAUUCAAACAUUAAUACACGCGAAACAGAGGUCUUGAUACUGCGUAACGAUACCGAAUGUCACUGUGUGGAUCGUAGCUCCUUGCCGUCAAGUUACAUGCGUGACAAGCGAUCGGGUCAUAGCAUAUGGCGCCAUGCGAACGUGCAAACGAACUCUGGGCUUAUGAGGAAAACAUACACACACUGUAGUUGUCCAACACACUUUAACGUCUUCCAGCAAGAGGAUGACAGAGCACUGCUCAUACAUCCGCACCCACAUGCUGCUAAACGCGAACUAAAGAUUAAUUGCCGCUGUGACUGUCUAAGCAAUAAUAUGCCUUGCCAGAGCUUAAAGAACGGCGAGGAAGGUUUCGCCGUGGAUGACAGAAGAUGCAUAACAAAUCGAAUCUGCAUGGCACCCACUUGCACAUUUGGUGAUUACAAUCGGCAGACGGGUCGUUGUCCUCGCCCCAAGCUAAAAAUACAUAAUGUAAUAGAGCAUGAGAACGAUUUUGGCUGAAGUCGUACACCGCGCUCUUCGCACAAGGUCGAUUGAGCCAGCACUUAAUUUGUUGUUGUCGAUCAGAUGUUAAUUUUAUAAAAAAAAAAAGUGAUUCUGUAAAUAUUUUAGUUAAUAAGUUUUCACCAUUGCUUUUAUUUCCUCUUAUUAUUAGGUCCCAAAUAUUAUAGUAUUAAAAAUUAAGUCUCAAAUCACAGAUAAAAGUAAAUUAUAAGUAUCCACACAAGAACGGCAAUAUUCGGAAUUUAGUGCCGAACUGCACGUACCAGUGACCAAUAAAAAAAUUUCUUCUCAAACCACGUCUGAUCAUUUAAGACAGGAUAUUAAUUAUUAUUUACGGAAUUACAAAAUGUAAAAACUUUUUCAAAACUCAAAACAGCUGAAAGACGUGCGUUUCUGGAAGUGACCUUCUGGAAGUGACUCGAAUCAGUUCCAUUCAUCCGUACUUGUCGUGGAUAGUUCCGUUCACAUGCUCUGAACUGACUCAUUUACUUAUGCAGCCCUAAAGAAAUGGCUCUGUAUUAUGAAUGGUGGCAUGGAAAGCGAUGGAUAUAUAUUAAAAAUAUCGAAAACCAGAAAGUGGAAUUGUAAAACAAAAAGUAUUUUCCAUACAUUCAGUGGUACUCGUACUUAAAUUUGUUAUGCUCCUUAUUUACAAAAAUACUAGA